UCGUAUAUGCCAAACUUGUAAACAGCACGUGUGAAAAACUCGGUUAUCCUCUGCAAUCUCAACAAUAUACUAUCGAAGUCUUGUGUUUUUGAUCGGUAGUUUCCGAGGAACGAAAGCUGCCCUCGAAGCGCUAUAGUGUUACAACAUUAUCAACAAUUAAAAUGGUGUUCUUUACGUGCAAUCACUGUGGCGAGACCGUGAAAAAGCGGAUGGUCGAGAAACACGGAUGGAAAUGCAAAAAGGAAAUCAACGUGUCCUGCAUAGAUUGUCUAAAUGAUUUUGUCGGCAAAGCAUAUGACGCCCACACAAGCUGUAUCACCGAAGAAGAAAAAUACUCCGGGAAGGACUACGUUCCGAAGGCAAAUGCCAACAAGGGCGCAAAAAAGCAGGAAGCCUGGUUGGACACAAUACGCUCGAUUACAGACCGGCAGCGGAAUCUGUCGAAUGGCGUCAACGAUGUUUUCAAUAUAAUUCGUAAAAACGAUAAUAUUCCUCGAAAGCAGAAGGGUUUCAUGAACUUUUUUCAAAACUCAGCCAAACACAUUCGGUUGAAUGAUGUGAAGGCCGCUUGGACGCUCCUCGAAGAGGAAGUGAAAAGAGUUAAAGAAAAUGCAAAUUCGCAGCAAGCUAACGGAACCGUGCCGAGCGCGGCAAUAAACCAAGCAAACGGAACCAGUGUCGUUCAAGAGAAUGGUUGCAAAAAACGCAAACUGGAGAAUACAGAGGAGUCGACGGUUUUGGCUCAACCUGCAUGUAAGAAAUCAAAGAAAAAGCACAACCAGCAACGUAAUGGUCACUCCGAGGAACAUGAUAAUCUGGUGGAUGUAAGUGUGAUCGAAAGUGCAGUUACUCUAGCCGAACCAGGCCAAGGCAAAUUCAACUGGAAAGAGGUAAUCCGGACUACGUUGGGAGCCAAAAAUAACGAAAUGAAGCUGAGCAAACUUAAGAAGAAGGUACUGAAAAAGUACCAACAGUUUGUAGGAUCCAGCAUUCAGGUUGGUGACAAGAUCGAGCGAAAAUUUAGUAAGAAAAUUACUAAACUAGGUGUAGUGGUGGAUAACGAGACUGUUCGAUUGAUUGAUUAACUAAUAAAGAUAACUUUAGUUCUAA